UGGUGGUUGUCAUAUAUCAUUUUUUGUAGCAUCUUUGUUCAUCCUUGGGACUUAUUGUUAGCACUCUGUGCCUCGGCUGGCGAUUUGGGGUCCGCUUUCGUCUGAGUGGUGGGUCGUCGGACUGCUCGGCAGUGUUUGGAGGUCCGCAAGUGCGUGGGCCAUGCCUGUUUGGCCGCGUGAAAACAUGCCUCCGUCAAGCGGCGACGCAAGUAGAGGCGAUGUCGCCGAUAAACAGCCGCACAAGGUGUCAGCGGUUCCAAAGGUACAGCUUCAUCCUUAGUAGAAAUGGUUAAGUGAAGAUUGUUUUUUUCAGAGAAUGUGGCAUUUAUUUAUUUUUCAGAGAAGGUGUUGCUGCUUGUUGAUGUAGUCCACUUUUGAAUUGUUGUAGUCACUGACAGAAAUAAAACUAAAUCUAAACCUACAUUAUCGAAUGAAAAAAUUAUAACCAUCCAUCAGCCGAAUUUUGUGCCAAAGAUAUCUGGGUUCGAGAGAGCAUCCUUCACAAAUAAGGCGCCACGGGUGAAGUACGUGCUACCUCCACGGUCAGGGCUCUCGAGUGACAUGUCAGAUUUUCCGAACGACUCAUCACCUGCACCAACGCAGAACAACCCUCCAGUAUCGGCAACGCUUCGUACUGCGUUUUAUAGGGUUUUUUGUCAUACAGAGAGAGCCGUACCCGUAACCGCCAAUGAAAUACAAUUGAUCACUAAAAGGUGGCAGACAAUGCAUCACCUUGUGCUAGCUAUAUUCAUAGACAGACAUAGAUUGUUGAGAAGCAAAGUCGAGUUGCCAUGAAUUUAGGAGUAUCUUCUUUAAUAUAUGAUACAGGGACGCACGCCCCCCUGUGGUGGCGCUGGCGCGCUCUUUUCCGCGCUGCUCUUCGCGGAUUCUCAGGGUGGAAGGCGUCAAAGCUGGGAGCGGGCGCCCCCUUGCGCCUCUUUGCAGGUUCCCGACUGACGUCCCGGCCUCUGCCGACCCUCCCACGCUGCAGGGCUCGGGGGUAGAAGAACUCCCACGCCUGGCCUCUUUUGCUGGGUUGCCCUCAUCAAAUGCGCGGCAAGAGCCAGCAGGCCGAUGACCAAAGGCCCGGAGGGUACAGGCCACACUGCUCAGGGGGUCCAGCCUUGCGCUUUUUGCUGCCUUCGGAGGCCUUCCACGCCCGGCACCGUGCUGCUGCGGCGAGGGGCCAGCACAUCGGCGGUCUGUAUGGUACAGGCAGGCAGCUGGAAGGGAGUGGAGGAGGCCCCUUGGGCCCCUUUGGAAGCCUUCCACCCCCGGCCGACGCCUCCAAAAGGGGCCCGGGGAUCCACGGCCCCCCCUACGCUAGGGGGGGGGCCGCUACCCUGCACCCUUGCGUAUCUAUCUCCUCAGUCGGGAUUUUUAGAUGCUACCUAGAUGCGACCAAACUGUAUUUGUUUACUGUCCUAUCUAAUCCUAAUGAUCGCUUCGUGCCCAUAGAAAUUUCAUCUUUGAUUUCAUCAAUCCAGCAUCUCAAUCGACAACCGCCGCAUCCUUACCUGAUGGGCAGAAAAAGCAAAGCCAGCUCGGCAGUGGGUUGGGAAUAGCGCCGCCCGCAGGUCUGGGCGCUUUCAAGAAAACCUCUCCCGACCUGCGGGGUUCAGUCCAGUAUGCCGGAAACGCUACUAGUCUUACCGGCCAGUCCCCUCCCUCCUCUUUUGCGAUCGGGAAAACUGCUGGGACAAUUGUAUACAACACCAGCUAUGGCGCCACUAGCCAGUGUGGAGGUAGUAACCAGAUGAUGAAUUUGUAUGGAACUGCGGACCAAGCAGCUGGAUCAUUGACCUUGCAGCAGCAAGCAUCGGCAGACGAAGACUCACUCGGCUACUGGUUUCGCCGUGUCUUUCUGGGAAACUGCUGCGAAGUCGACCAUGCUAGUAGAGCGCAGCCAGCCGUAGUUGUGCAGCAUUAUCCUCCGCGCGGUACACUCUAGCGGAUAAUGGCACGGUGGCAUCAAGUAUUUGCGAUUGCCUCAUACAUAUGUAACGCACCAAUCCGGUAUCGGAGGAGACCGCACCGAUAUUCCUUUUGUUCCAAAGCGUGGUGUACAAUUCAGCAAGCACCUUCACAUCAUACCAAUCACUAUCAACAUGGUGCAACAUCGAGCCAUCAAUCCUGGUGCAUUGAGCAGAAGACGCCAAACUAGGCAUAACCAUACAUAACAAUGCAUAAUGAUCACUUUCACUUCCCCGAUGAUAGGAUUCUAAAUUUGUAAUAACAAGUGAUGAAUUCCUCGAACUGUAUCUAUCUAUCAAUUUAUUUUGUAAAUGAACGACAUCGACAGAGAUGAGCCAACACUUCAUCUUAUUUCUUUGUCGAUGAAUUACAGGCAACAUCAUACAUAGAAUCAGAAAAACGACGAAGUUUUACUUCGUGCGGAAUACUGAAUACUUAUUACUAGCAGCCAUUUUCGCAUUCGCAUAUUUCCUUGGGACGGUAAUAUUUUGAGCUGGUGAAUUCAUAUUUUGGUGAUGUUGAAGAUGGUGCAGUUCGUUGGGAAAACAUGCACAUAAUAGGUGCUCAUUCGAUGUUGGAUGCUGCAAGCCGUCGAUGAAGACGUUGCUCCUCAUUGAAUAGUUGUAGAUCUACUUGCCUUCGUUUUCGUAAAUGAUGACUCCUUCUGUAUUGAUUAUUUCUGGGCCUUUCGUCCAAAUACGCAUUGAUUGAACAGAUUCCAC